AUGACUUCACCAAGUUCUCACAGUCCUUUGGUUAUUGCCUUUGGCAUUCUUGGUAACGUUGUCUCGUUCGUGGUUUUUCUAGCUCCAGUGCCGACGUUUUGGAGGAUAUAUAAGAAGAAAUCAACAGAAGGGUUUCAAUCAGUUCCAUAUGUGUUUGCACUAUUCAGUGCAAUGAUUUGGAUAUACUAUGCAUUUCUCAAGUCUGAUGAGUUCCUUCUCAUCACCAUCAACGCCUUUGGUUGUAUCAUUGAGACCAUUUACAUCUCAAUGUACAUUACUUAUGCACCUAAGCAAGCUAGGGUGUUUGCUUUGAGGCUGCUUCUUCUGGUGAAUUUUGGUGGGUUUUGCUUAAUUCUUCUUCUGUCUCACUUCUUGGCACAAGGGCCCACCCGCGUUGAAGUUCUUGGAUGGGUUUGUGUAGCUUUCUCUGUCAGUGUCUUCGCAGCACCUCUAAGCAUCAUGAGGGUGGUUAUCCGAACCAAGAGCGUCGAGUUCAUGCCGUUUUCUUUAUCCUUCUUCCUCACCCUCAGUGCUGUUAUGUGGCUCUUCUAUGGUUUGCUCCUCAAGGAUCUCUACGUUGCCUGCCCAAACAUACUUGGCUUCACCUUUGGUGUGGCUCAGAUGAUACUCUACGCAAUCUACAGGAACAAGAAGACAGUUCUUGUGGAGGACCAGAAGCUACCAGUGCACAAGGGUGAUGUUGUGAAGCAGAUCCAAAUUUUGAGUACAACUCCUGAGGUGGAGAUACAAGUACAAGCAGCAGCUGUAAGCUCCCAUGCCAAUACUGACAAUGAAAAUUGUGAGCAAAACAAGGAUCAAUAUGUGCAUCCUCAAACAUGUAACACUGAGAAAAUCAUCGGACCCCCUAUGCCAAGCCAAAUGGUUACAUGUGAAGUUUGA